AUGCCUUUGGGUCUUCGUAUUCUCUUGCUAAUUCUAGCAGCAAGCUGUGCCGUUAUUUCUGCCACAGCUGAAGAAGACUUGUGGACAACACAAGACAUUCGCGAGGAGGAUCUUGAUGUUAUUCAUGAGCUACAGCAUAAGAAAUUCAGCGACAAUGAUCUUAAAGAUAUAGAAACAUUGCUCUCAACCAACACUGAAGAUGAUGUCCCGUCAAAAACCCCGGUGAAGACCUCACGUGUCAAAAAGGGUUCACAAACACAAAAGAAAAACAAUACAGUCAAAGAUAAGAGCGUUGAAAAAACACCGAAAACUACAGCUUCAAAAGUAGAACAAAAUGCGAUUAGUAAAAAAAAGAGCGAGGAAUCGACCAGAAGCAUGUUGGAUGCAAUCGUUCAUCGAAUUAUGUCGCAAUACGAUCGUAAGGCGGUCGGGAAAGGCCGUACACACCCAAGUACUACUACGUCGACCGACACAAAAGUGGCGGGAAAUUUGAAAGAUAAAACACUGUCGAGUUUGAGCGAGUCGAAUGCACAAAAGUUUGCCGAGAAAUCUAAGAGUUUUAUCAAACUUAAAACAAACAUGGCAGCUGAUACGGAUAAAAAACAAAACGACAGAGAUAAGGUAGUGUUUUUCCGGCUGGAAGGAAUUGCACACAACAUACUCAGGGUUUUGAAAAACCGUGAACGGACAAGUGAAGGUUUGAAGCUACGUAAGAAAAUCAAUCGAGAGGAUUUGUUGAGAAUACGAGAUUUUAUACGAACGACACGGAAUCCAAAAGUUGACAGGAAAGCCAAAGUUCACAGCGCUAAAGAAGCUUUAGUUGCAAUAAAAAAUCUCAUGAAAUUGAUUAAAAAGAAUAAGUUGGGUGCGAAAGGAAACAGUAAAAUUGGUGAUGCUUUCAAAGAGGCGCAAGCUAUGGAUAGCGUUGCAUUUAUGAAGUCAAAAGUACCGAAAGAUGGCAAAAAUAUUCCUGAAACUAAGGGAAAAGAAUCGGAGAAAAAAGCUACAGAGAUUUCUUCCAAAAAUAAAGACUCCCAUCAAAAACACGAGAAGAAAUAUUACUUGAAAAAGCUUAAAGACUUGAGAGUUAAGUUGUUAAAAGAGAAAUUGUUGAAAGUCUUAAAGUUACGUGAAGGAGAUAAUUUGAACUUGGAUUUAAAAAGGUUAAAAACGAAGCUCGAGGCCAAACGAGAAAAACGGGAUGCGGAACAGGAAAAACCGGUUGGAGAACAGGAAAUACGCAAGAAACAGGGAAAAUACGAGAAGGAAAAAUUAGGAAAACGAAAAGUUCAUAAAAGGAAACACGUUAUGAGAGGAAAGAUGAAGUCAAACCGCGAUAAGAAGCUUGCUAAAGUAUCUCACAAAGAAUUCACGAAGGAUAUUCGAAAAAAGAUCAAGAAACUGAAUGUUAUUAUGGACAAGGGAGAAAACGAACGAGGUGCAAAGAGGUUUGAACUCAUACACGGCCAUAAAAGUUUUCGAAAGAACUUGAUUUCGUUGGCAAAUCUGGACGCAAGUAAAAUGACAGAUGGAGAUUUGAAGAAACUGCACGAUAAGAUAAAUGAGUGGAUUGAGGUUGAGGAAAAACUCGAAAGGGAAACAGAAAAUGGGGAGGUGAAGGAUGAGAUUAGUUCAGGAAUAGACACAGCCAAUGAUUUACUGUCGUCGCUCAAGUUUGUUGAUGAAGACGGCAAGUACGGGGAUGAAAGAAAAUUGAAAGCAGAGGGCGGUGAAAAAAGGGAAAAGAAAAACCGCAAUUUGGAAAUAACUAUCGAUAUCAACAAACAUGGAAAGAACGGACAGCCAAGCGUUAAAAUCGUGAAGGACAACGAUGAGGUUGCGAAUGUUGAAAGUCCAAAUAGUAAAGGAGAAGUUAGCAACAUGUACAGUAGCGGCGACAACCAAGCGACAGAAAAUCCCACACAGAGCGUGGUGCUUGAUGAUGGAGCUACGAAGAGCUACAACCAAUAUGGAGGUAACCAGGAAAGGAACACGUAUGAUAGCAAUGGUAACGUUGCGGCUACAGCGUCUGUGAACAGCAAUAGUGGUAACCCCAACGUGGCAUCUCAGUCGAGGAGCGUGUACCUCAAGGAAAUGGCGAAGGCGUAUAUGGACGGAAAGGCUAUAAAGAAUAAUAAAAACUUUGGGGAGAAAUUAAGAAAAAUGGAGGAAAACUUUGAAAACGAUUUGAACAAUAUGGAAAAUAACAAUAACAAUGACAACAACAAAAAAUAUGAAAACUACGUCAGCAACAAUAAUUAUGGAAAUAACAUCAUCGACAAAAACAACAAAUAUGACAAAAAAAACAACAAAGAAAUUGUCAACAGCUUCGCCAACAAUGACAAGGUUUUGAAACCAGGAACUGCAAACGUACAAAAUGUUGGAGGCUCUUUCAAUGCAAAUGCUCAACAGGUAGAGGCGAGCUUUGGUGGAAAUAGGCAGAAUAACAACGAUUAUCUGACAAAUGAGAACAAUUUGAAUAAAAAUCGAAACAUGAACAGCGGGAAUAUCCAGGGAACUGCAAACAGUGGGAACAAGAAUUUGCCAGAAAACAAUCCUGCAGAAAAUAACGGUGGAAGUCAUGAUGGAAGCCCAGGAGAUGCCGCGAACAAGGGUGGAAAAGGCAACAACAGAUUGAAUGGCGAUACGGGAAGUUUUGGUAACAAUUUGAACGGCGUAUCUGGGCAAAAUGAGGAGGCGAUGAACGAAGGUAUGGUCACUAAGGGAAGCCAGGGGAUAAAUGAUGGUAAGGUUGGUAAUGCAGGACAAAUUGCUCAUGACGAUCAGGUUACCAACGUUGGCCAGGUACCAGCACAGGUUACCAACGUUGGCCAGGUACCAGCACAGGUUACCAAUGAUGGCCAGGUACCAGGACGGGUUACCAACGUUGGCCAGGUACCAGGACGGAUUACAAACGUUGGACAGGUACCAGGACAGGUUACCAACGUUGGACAGGGUCCAGGACAGGUUACCAACGUUGUCCAAGUACCAGGACAGGUUACCAAUCAAGGAAUACUUCCUAAUGGCCACGUGAUUACGAAUGAAGCUGACCUCGCCAGUCAACAAGCAAAGCAGGCGAAUGAGGCUGAGGAAAAUGACAAUAACAUAAACAAAGCAGCGAAUCAACUCGCGAACACCAUGAAUGAUGGAAACCAAGGAAACACAGCUGGUAACGAACCAGCAAGUAACCAACUUGGUGAUAUACAUGGUUCGGCUGAGGUUAAAAUAGAUCAACCAAAAGUUGAGCACUUCGCGAAGAAACCGAAGUCGGUGAAUCCCGACUACGAUGACCAGGACUACGAUUACGCCGAAGCUGGUGAAGAAGAGGCAGAAGAUGAAAAAAUCAUGGCAGAACAGAAACAACUUCCAAAAAAUAAGACGCCCUUCCUUCAGUCAAACAGACAGAACAAGUUCAUGCACCAGCGCAAUCCGAAUACUCCCGAACGCAGCGAUCAUUCCCGACAAAGCUCGCCAGUAGCGUACGACGGAAGCCCGAAUGAUAUUCAGCAAAACAAAAACCAAAAUCAAAUUCAGAGCAAAGGAAAUGGUAGACCCGGGAAAAUAUUCUAUCAUUCCGGAAAACCUGUGUUACAUCAGAACGGCUACAAAAAAUUCGCUGCCAGAUUUCAAAACAGACAAAAGCAGUUAAACUUCCAACGAUUGAACGGAAGAUUUGCAGUUGAUAAGGCGGGGAGAACGGGCAAAUAUUAUCACAAUUUUGCUCCCAGCGGAAGGUUCUCUGGUAAAGUAAAUCAACACAACUCUGAGGUUCAAAGAUUCACAGAUGGUGACCACAGACAUGCAGUACAAGCUGGUUAUUCAACGCAGCAAGUUCCAACGCCAAAAGGUACUUACGGGAGUAACGUUGGAGAAAAUGAAAUCGGAUCAAACGGCAAGGAUAAUGAAGACAUGAGUGGAAGCAUAUUGAAUGGGAAAUUGAUAAAGGAUGAUGGAAUGAAUGAAAAUGUUCACGGGAAUAGAGGAAAUGGUGGAAGCACUUCAAAUGAAAAAACGACGGAAGGAAAUGUGCAACAUGGUGAAGAAAAUAGUGGAAACAUACUGAAUGGAAAAGCGAUGAAAGAUGAUGGAAUGAACGUGAAUACAGGAAUUAAGACACCGGAACAUCGGAUUACUAUAGGAGAAAAAACUCCCGAGGUGGAUUCCAAUACACCAGGGGAAACAGCUCAAGAUGUGGGAUCCAUGCAACCAGAGAAGUUACACGGAAAAGCUUUGUUGAACAACUUUUUAGAUGAAGAAACACUUAGAGCGGGCCAUACAUCAACUGGUGCACCUCAAAGUUCAAACAUCGGUCCACAACAUGAUGAAAGUUCCGAAGGAGAAACGGAGGAGUUGGACGAAGACAGUGCAGGACAACAAGAUUCGUCCAAAAAUCCUCAAGGAUUGCAUCAAGGUUCAUCAAACACGAGCCCAAGCAAUUCUCAGGUCUUGUCAGCGGAAUCGGACGAGACGGAAUCUUCCGAAGGCAUGUCGGACGAUGAGAAUUCGGACGACGACGUUCCGAAAUACUCGGCUACACUCAUAGAUGAUGAUGAUGAAGAAAUGAAUUCAAGUUCAGAUGUUGAACCAAGCAUGCAGGAAAAUACAAGCCAUUUGCAUAGGCUUCACCAGAACAAGAAAGCCAGACAUAGACUUCGUCAAUACAGAUAUAAGAAUCUACGCAGACUGAGACAUAGAAACCGUCAUAACUCAGCUCUUCGCCUGAAAAUGGUCCACAAACACAGGACACAUUUCAAGAACGAUGAUAGUAAUUCACGGCAAAUUUCCCAAGACAAACAAUACGGCAACAUCCACAAUUUAAAACAACUUGUCAACAAUAAGUUCUCAAAGCACAAAGCAUUUGGGCAUUUACCAAAGCCAAAACAACAUAAAGCGGGCAUCAAUUUGGAAAAGAUUCCUGACGCUGAAGCCAUUAUUCGUGGUGCAAUCAGAAAAAAGCCGACAAAAACUAUACACGUCGCGAAAGACAAACCAAAACCAAAAGUGGUGGCGCAAGCGAAAAGUACAAAAUUCGGGACAGGUUCAAAUGAGAAAGUCUCGAACGAAGCGGCAACCUUAGGAAUGCUAAAACUUCAAAAAGCCGAAGUGAAGUUGGGUCUCUCGGGCAAAAAAACAAGUCCCGAGGGUGCAAAAUUCAUUCGGAUUCUACCAGUGGUGGAGGCGGGGGAGGAGGCGGAGAGGGAGGCGGAGGAGGAGGCGGAGGAGGGGGUGUAG